UUCCUGCGGCUCCUGAACGUGUUGAGCCGACUGCAGGAGCUGAAGAAGGAAGAGGAGACGUUACUCAAAGUCAAGGCUCUUCUUCAAGACCAACUGAACAGGCUGAAGGUGGAAGAACUGGCUCUGCGGUCAAUUAUCAAUGAAGAGAGUGGAUCUUUGUCCCCUACAGAGGCUGCUGCUGAGGUUAGCAUGCAAGUGGACAAUGAAAAUGCAAUCAAUCAGACUGAACUUCAGCUGGACACAGUUGGAGCACAGCAAGAUAUGGAAGAAGAGGAGGAGGAUGAGGAUAACUGACUUUC